UUCUUUUAAAGAAGGAAUAAGCUUCAAAUUUAACCUCUAAAUGCUUUACCUUGUGGGUCAAUUUAACCCAGAAUUUUACUUUUUCAGUUUAAAGAAUGAUACUGCUACCUUUGACAGGAUGAAGACCACAUUGACUGCUCGUCUUCUUUCUGCACCAAACUUCAGCUCCUUGUCUUGUAUACAAAUUAGCUCACAGUACUGCCAUUUCUUAACACAUAUUGCUUCGUUUCAUUUUACAAAUCGACAAAUAAUUAAUGCGUCCUGCUUAUUUGUCGUCUAAUAGUUGGAAUCUUGGGAUGCCACGCACAGCACUAACAAUGUUGAUUAGAAAAGAAAUUAAUAUGUAAAAGAUUUUGUAUCAAUUAGUUAAUAACAAUUGAUAAGAGGUCUUAUCUUUCUAUAUAGAUGGUAGCUAAGAAAAAUAAUAUGUUUAUUGUUUCUAAUCUACGUACAGAUUUUUAUUACAAUAAUUUAAGAAUUCGGUGGAGGGUGACUGAAGGUGUUACCUUUUGUUAUUGUUCUUUUCUUUUUAAUUUUUUUUAGUUUUUUUUUUUUGGUUGUUUUCUUCUGUAAAGGUGGCAUAGAAUAGAUUUUCAUUAGUUCGGACACUUUGAGUGAGUCAUAACGUAGGCCUGCCUUGAUAAUUACUGCUAAGCUACAAUUUUCGUUUUUUUUUUUUUAGUUUACUUUUGUUAUGGUGGGAUCGGGGAAGAUACAAGGAUUUUAAAAUGAAACCCUAAAAGCUAUUUUUUCCCAUAAUUCUCAUCUCCCCUUUCCUCACUCCUACUAAGUUUUCUGGCACAGGGUAGAAAGAAACUAAGGCCAGAAUCCUCCCUACAAUUUCCAGAGUGAAAAAAGAUGGAGUUGACUUCUUGGUUAUGGAAUUUAGUGCCCUUUGCAGCAAUGAUAGCUGUAGAAUGCACAGAUGUUGGUGUGUCAACGAUAAGUAAAGCAGCUUUGGCAAAAGGAAUGAGCAAAUAUGUUUCUGUUGUCUACUACAAUGCUCUCGCUACCCUCAUCCUUCUCCCUUAUUUCAUCUUCCACAGGAGGAAGCAAGCUCCUGUCACACACUCACUUCUUUUUAGAUUCUUUCUUCUUGGAUUAAUAGGGAGUACAGGGCAAAUAUUGUUUCUAGCUGCUGUGAAAUUGAGCUCCCCUACUCUUUCAUCUGCUUUGGCCAAUCUUAUCCCCAUUUUCACUUUCCUGCUUGCUGUCAUUACAAGGAUGGAAACUCUGGAUAUUAGAAGAUCAAGCAGCCAAGCUAAGUCUUUGGGCGCCAUUGUAUCAGUAGCAGGAGCAUUCGUAGUGACCCUCUAUAAAGGCCCUGCAGUCUUGAUGACAACUCAAACUUCUAACUUUCACCACCAUCAUCAACUCCUCUUCUCACAAAAACCAGAAUGGAUCUUUGGAGGUUUUCUCCUUUUAAUUGUAUGCCUUUUGUCUGCAACAUGGAACGUUGCCCAGGGAGCUACAGUUAAGGAGUAUCAAGAACCCAUGACCAUAGUUUUCUUUUUCACCUUCUUUAUCACAAUCCAAAGUGCAGUCUUCUCACUCAUUUUGGAAAGAAAUCCAAAUGCUUGGAUAUUAAAGUCUUCCAUUGAAAUUAUUGCCAUUGUGUUCACGGCUGUUUUUGGGAGUAUAUUUCGUAUAGCUAUUCACACAUGGUGCUUACGAAAGAAGGGGCCUGUAUAUGUAGCCAUGUUCAAGCCCUUGGGGAUUGCCAUUGCCGUUUUCAUGACAGUCGUGUUCCUUGGGGACACUCUUUAUCUUGGCAGUGUGAUUGGAUCAAUCAUAAUAGCACUUGGAUUUUAUAGUGUGAUGUGGGGACAAAUGAAAGAAAAGAAAAUGGGUCUCAACAAGAACAAUGAAGCUUGUUGCUCUAAUUCAUCCAGCCUAAACGCCCCUCUUAUUCGAAGGACUGCCAGUGAAGCUUGAGCUAACAGUUUACAGAAAGGAAUGCUUUGCCAUCACGGGGAAAGGAUCUUGGUGGAGACAUGGAGGCAUGGCCACCCCCAAAAAUAUUGACUCCCUCUAUUUAUUUCCAUUACAUAAAUUUCUUUUUUCUUAAAGAAAAAAUAUAACCACAGUUAAUGACAAAUGUUGUUAAAUUAAGAGUUAUAUAAUAAGAAUUAUUUAGAUCAAUUUGAUAA